AUGUCUGGACUACAAGCCGUCAAGUACACUCGGGGUUGCCUCGAGGUCUUGGACCAACUUAGGCUUCCCCACGAGUUUCACUAUGAUAAGGUUUCCACCAGUGAAGAGGCUUUCGACUGCAUCAAGUCGAUGAGGGUUCGAGGCGCGCCUGCCAUCGCCAUCGUAGCUGCCCUCGCCCAUGCCGUCGAGCUGCAUAAUGGAAGCUGCACAGCGUCUUCCCCCCAGGAUACUAUCUCUUACAUCGACUCGCGCUUAGAUUACUUAAAGGAGAGCAGACCGACUGCUGUCGACUUGACCAAUGCUAUCAAUCAGCUGAAAACCCGUAUCAGGAGUGCUCCUCAUGAUGAUGUCAAGUCUAUCAUCGCCGCCUAUAUCGACGAGGCUGAGAACAUCUUGCAAAAGGACCUCGAGACAAACCUAUCCAUCGGCCAUCAUGGAGCUCAGUGGCUGAAGGAGGUUGCUGGCGCGUCGUCCGAGUCCAAAAUCUCCGUUCUUACCCACUGCAAUACCGGCUCGCUGGCGACGUCUGGCCAUGGGACCGCUCUCGGCAUCAUCAGAACUCUUUGGUCCAACAGUCUCCUCCGGCAUGCCUACUGCACCGAGACGCGGCCGUACAACCAGGGCAGCAGGCUGACGGCCUUCGAGCUCGUCUACGAGAAGAUUCCUAGCACCCUUGUGACCGACUCCAUGGCCGCUGCCCUCUUCAACCUGCAGAAAGACAAGAUGAAUAUUGCCGCCGUCAUUGUCGGUGCCGACCGCGUCGUCCGGAACGGCGACACCGCCAACAAGAUUGGAACGUAUCAGCUGGCUGUUCUGGCCAAGCAUCACGGUGUGAAAUUCAUUGUUGCUGCCCCAACCACCAGCAUCGAUCUCGAGACCGAGACUGGCGCUGGCAUCGAGAUUGAAGAGCGCAAAGGCGACGAGCUGACGCAGAUUUCCGGCGCUGUCGUUCGGUCUGAUGGCAGCGUUGACAUUGCACAGACAGCUCGUGUCGCCACGGCAGAUCAGCGCAUCCACGUCUGGAACCCUGCUUUCGAUGUCACGCCGCACGUCCUGAUCGAUGCUGUUGUCACGGAGAAGGGCGCAGUGGUCAAGAACGCCGAGGGACACUUUGAUUUCCGUCACAUCAUGCCGGAGCGAUGGGCCAGGGUGGUUGGUCAGUAG